AUGAAGACUACAUCCGUCGUUGCUUUAUACCUAAGCAGCACAGUCAUCACGACCGUGAACGCGACAAAAAAUGUCGAUAGAGCUUUUCGAAUGGAAUUUUUGCAAAACAUGGAAGAAGCGACGAGACAGAAGAACCAAUUCUCCUACAUCAAUGCUAGAAAGCUAUUCACGGCAGCGACACCCAUGUCCGCGCCUGAAUUUAUGAAGCCCCGUAUUCUGGAUCAAGUCGAAGAAGAAGCUAGAGAUGACGCAGUUGAAGAUGACGGUGCUACCAAUGAUAUCGAUGGAGAUGAUGCCACGGGAGAUGAUGCAGCGGGUGAUGACGGUGAUCAGGAGGCAAACCAGAUUGUCUACUCAAUCAACCUGGAAAACUAUGCCCUCAAAUACAUUGGCUGUUCCAAUAUCCAUACUUAUAGCUCAGAGCUAGCAGAAGAUAACGCAGGGUCAGUUCUCGAGAUGAAUCGAUUCAUCACCCUCCGUCUCUGUCCGAAGGACGAGUGUUCCAACUACUACAAGCUCGGAUGCUCUUCUGGAUAUGGAGACUAUUUGAUCACCAUGGGAGAUUAUCUUGAAAUCAUGUCCGAGACAUAUUUCAAACAAUACGUCGAAUACUGUCAAACCUGUGAGGCUUGUCUAUACCCAGACUCAAAACAUAAUAAGACUGACAGCAACAAUGGGUACUAUGGCUGGAAUGAAUACGCAACGGAUGGUAAUUCAGGAGGUAACUGUCGAUACUCGGGGGUUUGUUCCAAAUAUCGGGCCGCAUGUAAGGAUUACAGUGAGCAAACAUACCACCUGGAAGAAUAUUUUGAAUGCAGCCCUGUGAGCAUGGGAGACUCGUAUGUCUAUUUGGGUCCCCAUUGUGGCAGCGAUGGAAAAUCACUCGGAAUCGGUGUGUAUUCAGAUGAAUACUGCAACGAAUAUACAAAAGAUCUGACGGAAAUCAGCAGCUACUUUGGCAUGGACAUUGAUGACGGCUACAUGAAGCCUUUUCACUCUAACAACUGCAUUUCUUGUGUUGCUUCUGAAGGCUAUGUUCUCGAUGCAAAUCAGGCUGGAGAUGGUAUCAACGAUGUUUGCUACGAUAUCUAUGGAGCUGCUGCCAAGUGCAACAAGUAUAUGGGCCUUGAUGAGGACGCUAAUUCUGAGGUACAGGAAGCCAACGAAGAAAGUGUUUGCACUUUCAUUCACAACGUCAUGACAAAUUCAUACGAUGAAUUUGGUGAAAUCUAUCUCGGUCGUGGUGGUAUAGGAUCGUACAUUCGCGCUGCAGCUACAGUGGACGGCAGUCAACGGCACGUUCUCGUAUUCUCAAUGCUCCUAGUAUCUGGUCUAGGGGCUUACGCCGCAUAUUUGCAUCGAAUGGUUUGCAGAAGCAAAUAUCCAUGGCUCCCCAGGCGCGGUUAUUCCACAGAUCCAAAAUCUGACCCAGCGAUGCUUGGAAGAGAUCACUCAGGGAUCCUUUCCGGAAGAUCCUUUGAGAAAGGUGCCUAUGCGUAG